AUGUCUAGCAAUAUAGAUUUAUUUUUUCCAAACUUCAACAAUAAAAUUCGCAAUAUUCUAUUCGAUAUUCUCAUCUUCUUCGAUGUAAAUGAUGAAUAUUUAAGUGAUUUCAAGCUAUACUUUUCGAUCUUCGCAAUCCCAAUCUUGAUUUGCCAUUUAAUAGUUCUCACUAGAAAAUCGAUGCGCUACACUUCGAUAAAUGUGAUUUUGGCAGCAUUGGCAAUGUCGGAUAUUGUUAUGAUGUUUUGUAAUUGUUUUGAAUAUUAUAGAUAUACAACUACAAAAUAUUUGAGAUGUGAGAAUUUUGAUGGGCUAAUUAUUGUACUCAUGACCAUGAUUCACGAGGUUGUUGACUCAUUUGUGAUUCGAUUGUCUACUUGGCUAGCUGUUGGUCUACCGUUUCUUUUGGACAGUUAUUAUCAAGUUUGGUGUCAAGUACAGUUCUCUAAAAACUUCCAAAGUCGGUUUUACUCUUAUAAUCUGUUUGAUUCUACUAGCCACACCGUUUGAAAUUGCUGGUGCAAUUACAUAUACAGUUGUGAUUGUUGAGAAUGAUGUGCCUGAUGAACGAUGUAAUUUAGACUCUAAUUUUACCUAUACUUCUUAUGAACUUGGAUAUCGCGAGUGGGCAAAAUCGAAUAAUUUUGAGUAUUUUCGCCACUAUGUUUUUAUUGAUGCUAUUUUUACCAAACAUAUUCCCGCAUUGCUAUCACCAGUUUCAACAGUAAUUUUGAUUCAAGAAAUUGGGAGGUUGAAGAAAAAACGGAAUGAAUUGGUGGGAAGUGAAAGGUAA